AUGCCCGCGCGCGCCUCGCAUGCCCGCGCGCGCCUCGCCUCUCCUCUGGUCAGGCCGGCCGCUGCGCCCCCGUGCGCGCCGGCUCCGCGCUUUGCCUCUCCUCCGCUCGAGCCGGCUGCUGCGCCCCCAUGCGCACUGGCUCAGUGCCUCCGCGACUGCCGGGCGCGUCCGGCUUCACCCGCGCGUAAAAAAAAUGCUGCCGGCUGCGCCGUGCGCCCCGGCGCCGGCUGCUGCCCUUUGGCCGUCUACGCCGCCCCGCCUCGUAUGCCACUACUGCUCGCCGUCGUCUUUGCGCGCGCCCGCCCGACCGCCUCUUGCCUGCGCGCCCUGGCCGGCUCGCCGCUCCAGCCGAUCGACCUCCGCGUGCUCUGCCGGCUCCCGCGCUGGCCGCCUUCCGCCUGCGUCGCACCCGGCCGCCUAGAGCCCGGUCGCGCCCGUCCACCACGUGUGCCUGCGCAAGCGCCGACCCGGCGUCUGCUCCGAGCCGCCUCCGCCAACAGGCCUGCGCCGGGAAGGCUCCGCUCGUGCCUCGGCCGUCUCCGCGCCUCCUGCGCCCCCUGCGCCCCCGUCCGCACCCAGGCCGGCUCCGCGCGCGCUGGCUGCCUGCCGGCUCCUGCCACCUCGGCCGGCCCUCCGCCUGCCGGAUCCAGCGCGCCCGGCCGCCUGCCGGCUCCCGCCACUCGGCCGGCCCUCCGCCUGCCCGCUCCAGUGCGCCCGGCCGCCUGCCGGCUCCAGCGCAACCGGCCGCCUGCCGGCCUCACGCGUCCCCGCCGGCUCCCCCACCCGACCGCUGUGGUAGGCUGCCAGUGA